AAAACUGAGUUUUUCACCUCCAUCGUGAAAGAUCUUUAGAGCUCUUCAGUGCGAAACAGUCUUUCGCCAGCUGAUUUAUACCAUUGAGAGCCUCUAUUGGGCAUUACAUUCUUUGCUUAUCGUGCUGAAUGUUUGACAUUGUUCCUCGUCCCUUCCAGUGGCUUUGAACGAUGAAACGAUGUACAAAUAUGGCGGUCGCCGAUGUUAAUCAUGACCUAAAUUCAGUAAAUAUGGCAAAACUGUCAGUUUCAUCACAGCAGUCGACAUUGAAUUGGAGAACAACAGAUCCUCAUGCCUUCAACAAGGAGCAGUUCACCACGAGUUGUGGAUGACAAAAUACAAACUUUGGCUCGAACUGACAGUUCAGACAGACGUGCAAACACCAAAAAGAGGAAAAUAGACACCACAAAAUUCACAAGAUGCAGGGCCCCAUUAUCAACUGAAAAAACAAGGUCUUCAGCUCCUGACACACAUCCCAAACAUGACAAAGAAAAGAAAAACCCUGAGGGUGUAUCCCCUGAAGAACAUGUAGUGAAAAGAAGUCGAGGUCGUUCAAGAAGGCAGGAGUCUCCCAUCAUCACUGCAAAGAUCCAAGAUGAAGAAGCAGAAAGAAAUAAUGCUGCAGGAAAUAAGAGGGCCGAGAAGCACAAAGAUCUUAUUGAGGUUGAGAAGACAGUUGAGAAUCAGAAGGAAAUGAUGGAGCUGGAGAAGAAGUUUGAGAAGAUUAAGGACCUGAUUGAGGUGGGGAAGAAAGAUGGCAGGAGUUUACAGAUGGAUACGAAGAAGAGUCCCGGGUAAGGAGCAGACAGAGGAGUCUGGCCAAAAUGAGGCAAGGAAUAUUUCUGAUUUUCAUGCAAAAGAAACCAAGUCUCCUGUCACAAGGAAAAGAGGCAGAAAACCAACAAUUGCUAAACUGCCUGCACCAGCUGAGGCAGUCUCAAGUCAGACUAUGUCACAUAUGGGGGGUUCUGCAUCUGAAAAGUCAUGCAAGAGGCAGAAGACUGACAAGCUAGAUGAGUCUAAACUAGGCAAGAUCUCCACAGUGAUUCAGCAUGAAGCCAGAACUUCUGGGGAGGGGAGCUCUUCAGGUCUCUUGUCACCAAGAAGAAGUGGACGAGGUAUGGUGCCCAAUUCUCGCUUCAAGGACAUGCAUCUCUUCUCAACAGGAAAGAAGCAUCAGACUUCAUCUAGUAAAAAGGAUACUUCAGCUGACACAGGUAAACAGAAAAGUAAAGGUAACAGCAAUAAAACAGCUGAGCAGGACUUGCUUACAAGGAAGAAGGGCCAGUCAGGAGAUAUCAAGCUGAAUAUGGGCACUGAUGAAGAUAUACCAGAAACAAAGUUUAGGGAAAAGCCAAAGUUAAAGACAUUCUCCAGUGGAGCUACUUUGGCCAUGGCCCAAGCUAAGGUUCAGUUGCAGACAGAGGCCAAACCAAGGGCUGUAGAUAAGUUCAGCAUCAAAGAAAUCCCAGAAGGGCUAGAAGUGACUGGUAGAGAUGGUAUCCCUGUGGUAGUAUCAGCUGAGAACAUAGUGCGGGUGCCCUUUCCUGACAAGUCUGCAAAGACAGACCCCGUAAAUACUUCAAGCAUUACUGUAGAUGAGCCAGAGAUGAACUCACUGCAGCCAAUCAUAAUAAGAUCAACUGUAAUAAUGGCAUCAGACAGUGGACAAGCCCAGUCAGUCGCACAGCCCACCACUAUAGGAUCAUCUGUAUUAGAGGCAGCAGACAGUGGGCAAACCAAGUCAGUCACACCACCCCCAACAGGAUCAAUUAUAUCAGUGGCUUUAGACAGUGGGCAAGCCCAGUCAGUUGCACAGCCCACCACUUCGGGGUCAACUGUAUUUGAGGCUUUAGACAGUGGUCAAACCAAGUCAGUCACACUGCCCACCACAACAGGAUCAGUUAUAUUAGGGGAAUCAGAUAGUGGGCAAACCAAGUCAGUUACUAUUGAACCUGAAACGUUAAAGGAGUUUGCAGAUAGCAAACAUAAGCAGGAAUGCAGCAAUCAGACAAAUCUGAAUGAGAAUGAUGAGUUGUCUCCCUUGACUGUUUCUGACGUAUGUGUGAUGGAGGAGGUGAUUGAGUCAGAUGUGAUCUCUACAAACACUGAGCCGCCUCCUCUGUCACCCAACCAGAGCAGAAGAGAAUGUACUGGCAUGGUGGCUACAGUCACUUCUCUGGAACAGGACCAGACAAAUGGAGAGGGGUCUAGCCUGGGGGAGGACAGUGUUGCCACUACACAUGCCCAGUCAGUGGAGUCGGACAUCGCCACAACACAGGUGUCAGACACCACCACAUCACGGGACUCUGCCGCCACACCUGAUAGUGCACAGUCAGGUGUUGACCAGCAUCUGGACAGCAGCAAUGACAUCUCUGCCAGUGAAGUGACCACAAGUAACAAAUCCGCUGAGAUGGCAGACAAGAACAAAAAGCUUCCCAUCCAAUUCCUCAAGGAUGCUUCCUCCUCGACACCAGCCAAACCUGGGUACAUCAUUUCCUCCGCCAGGAAGAGUUCCUCUGUGGUAAAGAUAGUUACCCUGUCUUCCAUGUUGGAGGGUAACAGCAGCAAAGCUGUAGAGAAGGAUGAGAAGUCAGGAACAUUCAAGAAGCUAACUGAUUCAGAUAAAUUACAGUCUUUGCCAAGUGAACCAUCUCCUGUCCUGGACACCGAAUCACGACCUACUGGAGUGGAUAUGAUUCUUGAAGGCAGUAAGACUGUAGAUGCAGCAGACAUGGCAUCAUGUUUGGAUUCCAAUGAGACACAUGACUCGCAGGCUGAUGAUUCCAAUGAGACACAUGACUCGCAGGCUGAUGAUUCCAAUGAGACACAUGACUCGCAGGCUGAUGAUUCCAAGUUCUCCUCAGCUUCAACCCAGACACCAAUAGACAAGCAGGGAAAGAAGACCAUAAUACCAACUAUUUACAAGGCAUUGUCUGCACCCACCUUAAGGACUAUUUCUGUGAACCUGGGCAAGCAUGAGCUGCAGGAGGGUGAGGUGGGAUACGAGAGCCCAGGGCCAGGGGGCAGACCCAAGAGUGAGGAGUACAUUCUGGUGGAACUGCCAGAGGGAGCCACUAUACAACAGAGAUAUGUCAAAAGUCGUACCAGGAUUGAUGACUCCAUGUUCCUGUCCAGUGAGUCAAUGUCCCAGGGAGUGUAUCACUGCACCCUGUGUAACUACAAGACCAGCAAGAAACCCAACUGGUACAAGCACAAGAAGAAACACCUUGGUCUGAGAGAGUAUGCCUGCACCCAAUGUGAGUACCGGGCAGCGACUAGCAGCAACUUGAAGCGACACAUGGCCAUACAUGAAGAUGUCAGGGCCUUCUCCUGCCUCAAGUGUAGCCUCACCUUUAGACAGAAGAUUCACCUGGAAAGACAUAUCAAGUAUAAACACGAGGAGAAGCAGAUCAAGUGUCCCUUCUGCGACUACAUGUGUGCUAAUGAGAACCCAGACCUGAAAGUCCACAUCAAACGGAAACACUUGCCAGGGGACUCGCCAGAUGGCACAAUAAAUACCUUCACCUGUGAGGAAUGCAAUUUGGUGACUGUCAGCAAACGGGAUCUCAAGCAACAUAUGAAGUUCCACCGGAAUGGUCCUGAGCUGAAACUGUUCUGUGAACAUUGUAGCUUUGUUACUGACUGUGAGAGUCGGUUACGUAGACACGGGCUCAUUCAUACAAAAGAGAAACCCUUUCAAUGUGGGCUUUGCUUGUAUCGAGGAUCACAGAAGGAACAUGUACUACGCCACAUGCGCUCACAGCAUAAUAUAGAUGUGUUACGAAGACGCCGUAAGCCUCUUUCAAAUGAAAGCCCUCCUGUUGAGGGUAGUCAGGUUGCUAUGAAAGAUAUAUCCAAGCUUAUAGAUCGAACAGAUUACAGUACUAAGGAUAAAAUAUUUGCAUGUAAACACUGCACUAUGAAAUUCUCAAAAUUGAUCAACUUGUAUAAGCAUUUGCAUACUCAACACAGAAACAUUAUGCCGUCUGAGCGUGAAGAUGACUUUUCAUGUGUUGUUUGUGAUUUCCAUACAAACACUAAGAAGAACUUACUGGUGCACAUGCGUAAACAUAACAUGAUGGACCACACCCCUCCCUCCCACUUGUACUCGUGUGUGCUUUGUCGAUACACCAACCCUAAACGCAGGAACCUUUUCCAGCACAUGCGGAAGAAGCACCAUAUCGAGAUCGUGAUGAAAGACGAUGGAUCAACCAGUUGUUUUGUCACAGACACAUCCAAUAUUAGGGAAGAUGUGGACCAGAAUGUUCUUACUGUUGGGGAUGUUGUCACAGCAACAACUGCAGAGGCAGACUCGCAUGAUGAUCCAAAUGGUGUCCAAGGUGUUAUAUCUCUGGAGGAUUUGGCCACCAUAGUGACCCCUGAACCUAACCAAGAAGGCAACCUGAUCAUCGAUGCCGGCCAGCUUCACAACAUCUCCCUGAAUUCCCUUGUCCAGCAACAUGAAGCUGCGGAGGCCAUUGAGGGACUCCAGGCUCUGGCAGGACAAAUCAACCUGGCAGACAGUGUCAUUGAGGAGGUGCAGGUCAUGGAUGACCCCGGGCUUGACCCUAUCACCAUGGAGACGACAGUGGAGACCAGUAAGGAUGCUGAGGAGAAGUCAAGCAUCCAACUGUCAGCAGAGCAGUUACUGCAUCUGAGUAGUGGGGACUUUGUGGAGAUAAAUGGCGAGAUGUACAAGGUGGAGAUCACGGCAGAAGACAGUGCUACAGCUACACCGACCACCCUCAGGGCCAUGGCGGCAGAAGCAGAGAACUCUCAUUGUCAAGAACCAUCAUAGGAGGAACACUUCUAAAUUAUGAUCCAUCUAAGUACUAAAUCCCAUGCUAAAACAGAACCAUAAGGAUGUGGUACCCAUGAUAAAUUCAGAGAGCAUAUUUCUCAUUGGUCAAUGUGAAGUCAGCUUGUUUUGUAUAAUUGUAAAAUGAAUUCAUGUAAAUAAUUUAUUGUAUGGGUAUGUUCUAUGUACCAGUUGCACAUUAAUAUCACUUCUGUAAAUAUGCUGUUACUGUACAAAGAGCAAAGCUUGAAAAUGAAUUAAGCAUGAAUGACGCCAUAUUAAAAACCAAUGGUUUCCA